UCCUUUCGAAUAAUGGAGACCUCAUCUUUGAGAUGCUUCAUUGAUGCCACUGGUCCUCUACAAUACGCAAAACAGCAAAAUAGCAAUGUGUGACCAUGAACUCAGCUAAUACUGCUGCUUCGCCCACCAAUUCUUCAGCAUCAACUAAUGGAAGACGUAAAACUCCCACGUGCAUCGCAUACACAAUACCGUCAAAGGUUUGAGCAAGCUUCACAUCGCUCUUGGACACAGGUCCCACUCCAUGCUCUACUAUAUUCAAUUGGCACUCAUUGUGCUUAUCAUCUUUUGAUCGUGAUCGGUUAAGAAAUUAUUGUUAGUUCUGCUAUUCACACAUAAAUCAAUAAAUUGGUGUGGCUUGGUCAGACGCCACUAACGGCGCAAGGGAGAACGUGCGCGAGUGUAGGGGGGCUUGAGGACGUCUCAGAAUGACGUUUCCGGCAACGAUGAACGGCGGCGGGGCAAUUGUUCCAGGUGGCGCCGAGGUUGCGCGUCAGCUGUUGGAUUUCAAUCAAAAGCUCGACAUUAAUCUUCUGGACAAUGUUGUACAGACAAUGUACACCACCACCGGACCCCAGCAGAGAACCGCACAAGAGGUUCUGACUAAUCUUAAGGAACACCCGGAUGCAUGGACUCGAGUAGAUACAAUCCUCGAAUAUUCGAAGAACCAUCAGACCAAAUACUUUGCACUCCAGAUCCUUGAGAACGUGAUCAAGACCCGAUGGAAGAUUCUACCCCGUAAUCAGUGCGAAGGAAUUAAGAAGUACAUUGUCGGACUUAUCAUCAAGACCUCUCAAGACGGUAACCUAAACGACAAUGAGCGCGUCUACUUAAACAAGCUCAAUAUGGUUCUUGUCCUGAUCUUGAAGCGCGAGUGGCCCAAAAAUUGGCCCACGUUCAUCUCCGAUAUCGUGGGCGCGUCGAAAACAAAUGAACAUCUUUGCCGCAAUAAUAUGGUUAUCUUAAAGCUUCUGUCGGAAGAAUUGUUCGAUUUCAGUUGUGGAUCAAUGACCCAGACGAAAGCAAAGCACCUAAAAGAAAGUAUGUGCUCGGAGUUUUCACAGGUGUACACGCUUUGCCAGUACGUGAUGGAGAACUCGUGCAAUCCAUUGCUGGUUGAAGCAACUCUAGAGACACUUUUACGAUUCCUUAAUUGGGUUCCUCUGGGAUACAUUUUUGAGACAAAGCUGAUUCACACGCUCGUGUUUAAGUUCCUCAACGUCAACUUAUUCCGCAAUGUGACACUUAAGUGUCUCAAUGAAAUCGGUGCAGUUUCGACAGAACAAUACACAGAGCAGUUCUCGUUCCUUUUCAUCGAAACCAUGAAGCAGAUGGCUCAAAUUAUCCCGCCUGACACCAACAUAAAGGCUGCAUACGCAGCCGGCUCCGACAUGGAACAGAAAUUUAUCCAGAAUCUUGCCCUAUUUUUGUGUACGAUGCUUAAAAGCCGAACACAGUUAAUGGAGCAAACCAACAACAUCGAUGUGUUAUUGGAAGCCCUCAAGCUUUUACUGUUGAUUUCUGAGGUAGAAGACGUAGAGAUAUUCAAGAUAUGUCUUGAGUAUUGGGGCUUCUUGUCUCAGGAGCUCUACCGAAACAAUGACCUUCUGGUUGCUUUUUCUUUGCAAACGCCCUUUUCGCCUACCGUUGAAAAUAUGAGACAGAAUCGGCGAAAGCUCUACGCACCAGUGCUAAGUCAACUGCGCUAUAUCAUGAUCGGACGUAUGGCGAAGCCGGAAGAGGUUCUCGUCGUAGAGAACGAUCAAGGAGAGGUUGUCCGUGAAUUCAUGAAGGACACCGACUCGAUGACGCUGUACAAGAACAUGCGGGAAUGUCUUGUCUACCUGACACAUUUGGACUGCCAGGACACAGAUAGAAUCAUGACGGAGAAGUUGCACAAGCAAGUGAACGGCUUAGAGUGGUCCUGGAAAAAUUUAAACACGCUCUGCUGGGCCAUCGGUUCGAUAUCUGGCGCCAUGCAUGAAGAGGACGAGAAACGCUUCUUGGUGACUGUUAUCAAGGAUCUGCUAGGCCUAUGCGAGCAGAAGCGCGGUAAGGACAAUAAGGCCAUAAUCGCAUCAAAUAUCAUGUAUGUCGUUGGACAGUAUCCUCGUUUCCUGCGCGCUCACUGGAAGUUUCUUAAGACGGUCGUUAACAAGCUGUUCGAAUUUAUGCACGAGACUCAUGAGGGUGUGCAGGACAUGGCGUGCGAUACGUUUAUAAAGAUUGCACAGAAGUGCAAACGCCACUUUGUUCAGGUACAAGUCGGAGAGGUUCAGCCGUUCAUCGAGGAGAUUCUGACAAAUAUAUCAUCAAUUAUUUACGAUCUCCAACCGCAGCAGGUGCACACGUUUUGUGAAGCUGUGGGCUAUAUGAUCAGCUCAGAAACGGAACAGGCUCGUCAGGAACGACUGAUUGAGAAGUACAUGCAGUUGCCCAAUAUGGUAUGGGAUGAUAUCAUCAACCAAGCGACGAAGAAUGUUGAUAUCCUGAAGGAUCCUGAUGCAGUCAAGCAACUCGGAAAUAUCCUUAAGACAAACUAUCGGGCAUGCAAGUCCUUAGGGCACCCGUAUGUGACACAGCUGGGAAGAAUCUACCUUGAUAUGCUUAAUGUUUAUAAGGUGAUGUCCGAGAACAUUUGCGCAGCUAUUCAGACCCACGGCGAAGCCGUAACGAAACAACCGUUGAUUCGGUCCAUGCGAACAGUCAAGAAAGAGGUCUUAAGGCUGAUUGCGUGCUGGGUGUCUAAGUCUGACGAACCAAAGCUAGUGUUGGACAAUUUCAUUCAGCCACUACUCGACGCUGUACUUCAAGACUAUCUCGUGUGUCCUGUAGCAGAGGCAAGAGAGCCCGAGGUGCUGCAGACGAUGACGACCAUUAUCCAAAGGAUGGAGGCUUUAGCUGUGCCGUUCGUACCAACGGUGUUCGAUGCUCUCUUUAAGGUGACGUUGGAGAUGAUCAAUAAGGACUUCGAGGAAUUCCCCGAGCAUCGAUUGCACCUCUACCUUUUACUGCAAGCGAUGGUGACACAUACGUUUCCCGCACUGCUUGAACUCUCGUCCGACAAAUUCAAACUCGUGCUCGACUCGAUUGUAUGGGCGUUCAAGCACACAAUGCGCAACGUUGCCGAUAUAGGGCUCGAAAUUCUCUUAGUUCUUCUCAAGAACAUAGCGUGUGAAGAGGCGGCUGCCCAACAGUUCUACCAGAGCUUCUUGACAGACAUCUUGCAACACCUGCUUAGCGUGGUUACAGAUACGAGCCAUUCCGCUGGUCUGGCUCAGCAAGCGGCUCUUCUCGCUUACCUUUUUUCUCUAGUUGAUUCGGGUAAAGUGCAAGCGCCACUGGCGCCCGGCGUCACCGAUAACACCAUCUACGUUCAACAGUUUGUCGCCAAUCUUUUAAAAACGGCAUUCCCGCAUCUAACAGAUAACCAAGUGAAAAUCACGGUUCAGGGAUUCAUCAAUCUCGACCAGAACGUAGUCCAGUUCAAGGAGCAUCUUCGAGAUUUUCUCGUUCAAAUAAGGGAAUUCACUGGCGAGGACGAUUCUGAUCUGUAUCUAGAAGAGCGCGAAGCUUCAUUACGGGUAGCUGAGCAAGAGAAGAGAAAAGUUCAGAUGUCCGUGCCUGGAAUACUCAACCCACAUGAGAUUCCCGAGGACAUGCAGGACGAGGUGUCUCAUUACAUGUAAUGUAUUUUUUAAUGACAACGACCUGAACGUUUUCGCAAACAGCUCUUGAAAAACAGCAGCAUCUCCUAACCUGUCAAUAUAUUCCUGGCCGGAACGUACUGUGAACGAUAGCAGUAUGGAAACGUAAUUGCCCCGGUGUCUGCACAGAAAGGGCAACGGACGCAAGUGAAGCUACGAUGUGCUGACGACGAUUAUUUUAUUGGUGGAUAUAACAUUAAUAAUAACGCGAAGAUUGCUACUGUUAUUACUCAUAAAAACAAAUCAAGAAAUUGAUCGCACGGCUAACUUGAGACGUGCCGUGAUCAUUGGCGGCCUAGUAGCAUACGUGCUGUCUGAGAGGGGCUGACCGAGAUACACGACAAGUGCGAAUCCUGCCAUACGUGCCGCGAGGCGAAAGGAAUAUAGUUUUUUUUGUUAACAGACAAAAACAAACAAAGUAACGAUUUUGACCUGAACCGUUAAUAGCACACAGACACCACCGAUUAUUCAUAGUUUUCGCACAUAGCUUUCGAAUAAAUGUCUUCGAUACCGUAUGGAGACAGACGUGUCGAAAGAAACCUCAAACUGUCAAGAAGCCUGUGCAUAAGUGAUGGCCAGAUAAUCGUCAGAUUGUUGAACCAGUGAAAGAGAAGGUCAUUCAUCAACCCUCAACAGUGGAUUGCGUAUUUCUAAUUCACUAUAUUCUACUGUCGACGCGUGCUUCCAAGAUGACCUUUUUUAGCAAAUUUUUGCAAUCGCCAUAAUAGCCAAUGCGUAAACGACACCAACAACCAAACAGAUGCGCGCCUAGUUCGAGUAAUGAAUCAACUGUCAGUGUUUGUACCGCUCCGUUAAAAAAGAAAAGUGAGUUUCUAACGGGGAAUAUGUGUUGAAAUAUAUUAUUGAACUUGAGACGCAUUUUGCACUCGAUUCAAUUCAAUUGCGGAACUCAAUGGUCAAGUUAAUGGUUGAGGUAGCUAAUUUCUACUUAGUAUAACGGUCAUAACAAUAGUAACUUAACGGCGGAGGAUAUUGUAAGAAAGAAUGGACCGUCUACCGUCGAAGCACUACUGAACUCGUAAAUAACAAAGGCCUUCUUAUUUAUGUUGGUUUUGAUUGAUGGCAAUGGUGAUGGCUUGUUCGUGUUGGUCAGGUUCGAAAACGAUGAAGGACAAGUGAUUGAUGGUGAAGUAUGUUCGAUCAUCUAUCGUUGUACAAAAAUACUGAUAAUAAUAGUAGGCAUAGUUGAGCGUGGAGAAACGCAGCUAGUAGAUUAGACACAAGCAGACGAACGGGCAGAGCAAGCAAUAGGUAGAAAGAGUAUGUUCGCGGAUACAUAUUCGUUGAUGCCGUGCGGAUACACACGAGCUCCGGCAUGUGCAAAAUAACCAUAACGAUUAUGCCAACAAACAAGAGAAUACAAUCUUGUGCGAAUGGAAAACCUGGAAUGGAAUAUAUAGAAAGCGAUAGAUUUAACGGUGAUAAAGAAUUGACAAAAAUUGAACGAUGCUAAGCGGUGAACAACAGCAUCGAUAAUAAUGACGAUUAGCGAUAAGCCUAGUACACUGAAAAUAAUUAUGUUAGUUGGUAUCGUGUAGAGUAACGAAUAAUCUGUCAACUGUGUAACAUAAGCUCUGUGUUUAUAUUUAUAUGGGAUAACUAGCAGGUCAACUUAUUGAUACAUACACAAACAAACAAGGAAAAUGACUAUACGCGAUAUAUAUAUAUAUAUAUAUAUCGCCCCCAUAUAUAUACAUGGGAAUGAAAAGGAGAGAAAUGUGUAUGAUACGACAAACGUAGAGGAGCAGAAUGUGAAACUGAACUUGAGCAACAAUGACACAGAAUAAAUAUCAACUGUAAUGAAAUAUAUUAUGAUAGUUACGAUAUAAUAAUGAACGGAAAAUUGAUUGCAACAUGAUCUAUGAACGGAGAUCUCGCAUCUCUUUCGUCCCUGAGGAGAUGCAAUGCUGUUCUUGAUAAUGGAUAAGCUUUAGUCUUUAGCUGCGUUGCUCAUUUGAACAGCCGAGAAUUAAGCCGUAUAGUUUGAAUAUGUGAAAUAAAAACAUCAACAUAGUUACGAUAAUAAUAAUAAUUACGAUAUUAAUGAUAAUAGUACCCAAAACCUACAGGAGAAGGUCAAUACAAUAGAGCAUGCAUAACAUUAGGCAUACUAGCAAGCAAGAGAAGUUCGCCCAAUAGACGUCUUGUGCACAGAGUUGCGUAAAUCUAUAACGAUGGAUAACAAUGAUGGAUGGAGAACAAAAAGAGACAAACUGAUGGAAUUAUAAAGUUUCAAUAGUAAAACAAUAGCAGACAACGCAAACGUCUGAAGGAAUAAUAAGAAAAUACAAAUAAAUACGACCGUUGUACAAAUCUGUGUAGAGAACAAAGAAAAUUAGCAUUGCUUAUAAUUUCAGAUUCUGAAAUUCUAGUUACGUAGAU